AAUCAAGAUUUUCCAGGAAAUCGGCUUUUCGGCCAACGAGAUCGUCGAAAUGAUCUCGAAAGAGCCCUCGAUUCUGCAUUCGAGCGCGGAUAAGAGGGUCAUUCCCUCGUUGUCUAUUCUGAAAGGCUUGCUUGGGUCCACUGCCGAAGUGGCCAAGUUUUUGAGGGUUAGUGGCUGGUAUUUAAAAACGGAUCUCGAUAAAACUUUGGUGCCGAAUAUGAAUUUCUUGAUAAGCUGCGGCAUUCCCACGGAGAAGAUCAUUUGGCUUAUGUAUUAUUUCCCGAGGUUUCUUCUGCAGAAGCCGGAAAAUAUGGAGAAAUUCGUUGCUAGGGCUGAUCAGUUGGGGGCAAAUCGGAGUUCCAAAAUGUUCGUUCAUUCAGUUCGUGCAGUUAGUUCGAUGAACAACGACACGUGGGAGCACAAGCUGAAGGCCUUUCGAGAUUUAGGGUUCUCGGAAGAAGGUAUAGUGAGGCUUUUUAGGGUUGAACCGCUGCUGUUUUGCAUAUCGGAGGAGAAAAUUAGGAAGCUUGAAAGGUUUCUUCUUGCCACCGGAAAAUACGAUCUUUCGUGCAUUGUGAAAAAUCCAACUUCGCUGACUCGCAGUAUCGAGAAGAGGUAUGAGCCACGGUUUCAAGUUUUGGAAAUUUUGGAACGCAAAAAUCUGAUAAAGAAUUGGCCUAGCUUUUCGGCUCUGUACAAAAUGACGGACAAUAAGUUUUUCGAGAAAUUUGUCGGCCCUCAUUACAAUGAAGUUGGUGAAGCUUAUAUGAAAAAAUGCGUGCUUGCUCGGAAAAAAGAGGUCGACUCUGUAGCAAGAUUGGAUUAAAGUCAUUUAGCUAAGAGGUUGACAGGUCAUCGGCUAAUUUUGUAGCAGCUAGAGGAAGCUUAUCGAACGAGCAAAGGUUGCAGAAAACGGUACGACCCUGCCCGUUUCGUCACGACCCGUUUUCCAUUCGGGGACAUACGUCGUUCAGGUCCCGAAAGAUCAAAUCUACCGGGUCCCACCGCCCGAGAACGCCAUCAUGUUAGAGCAGCGCAAUCUGAAAAAUCAGGAUAAACAGAAGAGAUCUUCUUGCUGUUUCUGUUCUUGCCAUUCUUGUAUAUUUAAGCUGUUUAGAGGUAAUAAAUCUGGAUAAAUCAAAU